GAAUGCUUUAUGGGUUUAGUUUGAUAGGAGUCGUAAAGAAAUCAACAUCACACAACAAAGCACUCGAGGACCCGUCCGUGUACCGCUGAUUUAGCCCACGUGCGAGUGUGUGUGCGAGUGGAUCCCAGAAGCAUAACGGUAUUCGGUAUAUCGGUAUAGGUAUAGACGGCUAUAUCUGUAUCUUUGGGGCUGUCGGAACUAUUCGCUCGCUCUUCGCCGUCGCGACCGCUCUCUUUCCACGCGCCAUAUCCCAAUUGACAGCCCGCUAAGAUCAUAAAGGCCGUAAAAAUAAUCAUAACAAUAAUCGUAAAAAAUUAGAACCGCAAUCAGUCGCACAUUGGCCCUCGUACGGCGCAGAUCGUCAUAAAAGCCAUUAUUAUUAUAAUAAUAACCGUAAUCGUAAACGAAAAUAAAAACAAAAACAAAGCCAAACACCCACGGAAAUUGAACUUCGCGCGCGUUUCUUUUUAUGAUGUUCGAGUGUCUGGCAGGUGUCUGGAUUCACCCACUAAUUGUGCAAUAUUACUAAUGGAUCUGGGCUGACUGUGCUGCAAAAAGAGAGUUCCAAUUGAUCAAGCCAAAUCCUACUACCUAAGUGUUUAUCUAUUCUUAAAAAUCGUGCACCGAAAACUCGAAUCUGUAGAACAACGUUUUCUAGUCCCCCGCAAAUCGAGCAAUAUCUACACACUAACAACAAACAAAAGCUAAAGCUUCCAACUCUAACCGCAACGAAAUCAACAGAAUUGAAACGUAGACAGCCAAAAAAAAAAAAAAAAAAAACAUAAAACACAAAAAGAAUAAGCAGAAGAAAAAGUUUCGUUUCCACUGCGGGCAAAGUUUUUAUUUUGGCGCACGUGCAAGCUACCGUUAGCUGAGAAUUUUGAAAAGCCAACAGGAUUGAAGGAUAAGCGCACGUUAUUGGAUUUAAAAGUGCAAUUUUUUGGAUUAACCCAGCUGUAAAUGGAUAACAAAGGUGGAUUACUUACAUGGAUUACGAGAAUUUAGCUUCGCGUCGAAAAAGAGUUUCAAAAUCAAAAUUGAGGAAUACCAACUAGAGGAUAAGGCUACUUAAGGAUCAAAGAACACCAAGGAGAGGAGAUUUUCUACCAAAUCGCGAGACGAGGAGCAGGUUAAUUUCGUCAUUUUUGGCCAAGACAGCAAACAGAGGAACAGCAAAGCGGAAAUCAUUUUAUACCUCACACAACAACUACACACUAACUAAGAUUAGGCUACGCAACUGUACAUUGUACUUAAGUGUUCAAAGGUUAUUUAGUUUACUUUGUAUAUAAGGAAAGUAGCUAAAAGCACGGAGACGGGGAGCACCACAGUCACUAGCCACUAAGCAGAGUCACAGUCACGAUCACGUUCACUCCAGGAUCAGGGCUCGCGGCGGGAUCAGCGGACGCUGAGGAAGCUGCCACGAUGACGAUGAGUACAAACAACUGCGAGAGCAUGACCUCGUACUUCACCAACUCGUACAUGGGGGCGGAGAUGCACCAUGGCCACUACCCGGGCAACGGGGUCACCGACCUGGACGCCCAGCAGAUGCACCACUACAGCCAGAACGCGAACCACCAGGGCAACAUGCCCUACCCGCGCUUCCCGCCCUACGACCGCAUGCCCUACUACAACGGCCAGGGGAUGGACCAGCAGCAGCAGCAGCAGCACCAGGUCUAUUCCCGCCCGGACAGCCCCUCCAGCCAGGUGGGCGGGGUCAUGCCCCAGGCGCAGACCAACGGCCAGCUGGUGGUGCCCCAGCAGCAACAGCAGCAGCAGCAACAGCCCACGCAGAACCAGCAGCAGCAGCAGCAGGCGCAGCAGGCCCCGCAGCAGCAACUGCAGCAGCAGCUGCCGCAGGUGACGCAACAGGUGACACAUCCGCAGCAGCAGCAGCAGCAGCAGCCAGUGGUCUACGCCAGUUGCAAGUUGCAGGCGGCCGUCGGCGGACUGGGCAUGGUGCCCGAGGGCGGGUCGCCUCCGCUGGUGGACCAGAUGUCCGGACACCACAUGAACGCCCAGAUGACGCUGCCCCACCACAUGGGACAUCCGCAGGCGCAGUUGGGCUACACGGACGUGGGAGUUCCCGACGUGACAGAGGUCCAUCAGAACCACCACAACAUGGGCAUGUACCAGCAGCAGACGGGCGUGCCGCCGGUGGGUGCACCUCCCCAGGGAAUGAUGCACCAGGGCCAGGGUCCUCCGCAGAUGCACCAGGGCCACCCAGGCCAACACACGCCCCCUUCCCAAAACCCGAACUCGCAGUCCUCGGGGAUGCCGUCUCCACUGUAUCCCUGGAUGCGAAGUCAGUUUGGUAAGUGUCAAGAACGCAAACGCGGAAGGCAGACGUACACCCGGUACCAGACCCUGGAGCUGGAGAAGGAGUUCCACUUCAAUCGCUACUUGACCCGUCGGCGGAGGAUCGAGAUCGCCCACGCCUUGUGUCUCACGGAGCGCCAGAUAAAGAUAUGGUUCCAGAAUCGGCGCAUGAAGUGGAAGAAGGAGAACAAGACGAAGGGCGAGCCGGGAUCCGGAGGGGAGGGCGACGAGAUAACGCCACCCAACAGUCCGCAGUAGAUCCAGCUAAAACCGGGUCUCAGCAGUUAAAUGAAAUUUCUAUCUAAAUACAAUUUACGUUAGUUCCGAGAGCGCAAAUGAAUUUACUUCGAUCCCAGAGGACUAUCUAUUACCUAUCCAAUCCGUUGAACUUCGCGUGAACUAAACUAAACAAAGAGCAGAGCUGAGAACUCUACCUACAACUUAGUUAAUUGUUAUUAUUUUCUACUUAUUAUUUAAUUGUACACGAAUGGCAAGUGGAGAAAGCGAAAUAAGAUAAACGUAAAGGUAACGAUUACGAUAAAGAUACAAGUAAAGCGUAAAACUCAAACAAAACCAACUCAUGUGACCUCAGAUCUAAAUAAGCUAUAUUUAACUAUAAUGCAUAUAUAUACACAUAAAUAUAUGGAUAACUAUACAUGAUACCAAGUAAAGCUAAAGGCAAGGAGUUAUAUAUAAAUAAAUAUAUAUGAAGCAUAUAUACUAUAUACACGAUAACAUUAGUUCUACGCGUCAUAAGUACUGUACGAUUAACUUAUAUAUACACCCCAGCAUAAACCCUAAACCCUAAACCUAAAACAUAAACAUUAAAGUAAAUCAAUGUUUGUAGCAAUCCUAGCGCAAAAGUAUAAAAUAAAAACCAAUAAAAAUCUUAAAAAAACCAAAUGGCGUCAAAAUCCAUUGAAUGUUGGUUCAAGAAACCCAUAAAUAUUUCAUAAUACAGAACAUGAUAAUAGAAAACUUUGCCCUAAGUGAAUGUCGCAAAUUUAGACAAAGAAAUACCAAAACCACGGAAUAACGUUGCUUAAAGUAAACAAAACGUUUUACACAUACAAUGAACAAAUAAAACUAUUAACUGGCAGAAGCUUAACUAUAAAUAGAAAGGAAUCGCAAACUAUUGGCAAAACUUCAAAAUAAUAGAUGUAAAAAUUCGAUGGCAAAUUAAACGCUAUAAAACUCAGAAAUGCAAAUUUAAGCUAAACCAAUUUGAGAGUUCCUCAAUUUUUGGUUGAAGGAAACAUUGUUUCUGUAUUUCCUUUUAUUUUUAAUUUCUUGUGCAAUUUUUAGUUCUUGCAAAAAAAGAUUCGAAUUAGGUCGAAAAGGAUAUAAAGUAUACCGAAAUGCAUAAAAAUAUGAAUUGGCAAGUGAAGACGAAAAAUAUAAAUUGUUAACAGAGGAACACAAAGAAUAUGUAUAAAUAAUGAAUUCAAACAAAAACCCUGUAAAGUAGUAAAAUGAAAUGAAAGCAUUAUUAUACGCGGAUGUAGAAAAUCCCCUUUUGAAAGCAGAACCGAACGAUUUCUAUAUGAAUAUUCGCCUAACAAUUAUAUAAAUGUAUGUACGUAACUCAACUCAAUUUCCACGCCAUCUGUGGAAAUCCAUAUACCAAAGUCAAAGGAACGAAGGAGAAAGAAAAAGAAGGAUGGAAGGGAAAAACUAUACAGCAUCAUAUGUUUAUAUGUAGAUAUAUAUAAUUAAACAAGCCUAAUAUAAAACAUGUAACUUUGUAGAGCGUUUCGUUUUGUAAAUUCCCCAGAAUCCCCUUCCCUUUCCCAGCCGAUUCCCAAUCCCAGGUGAAAGGAUUUGUGAUUUGCAAUAGAAGAAGAAAAUAGUCAAAAGAAUUGGAAAAAUCUUUACAAAGUAUUGGCUAAAACAACCUUGAGAGCGAAAUUCAACUCAAUCCAGAUACGUAACUUUCGGCCUCAUUCUGUAAGAAACUAAUUAUUUAAGUUUCAAUUCAGAAAACUAAAAAAAAAUUGGAAAAGAACAUAAAUAUAGAAUGUAGAAAUUCACAAGAAACAAAAUUCGAAAGCGUUGAUAUAAAUAUAUAUAUUUGAAGCAAAACAAAAACAUUAAAUACACUCAAACAUUUGUGCGAAAUUGAAACGAAAUGUGGAAGCUAAACAAUUUGUUGUAAAUAAAAUUUAAACUUUAGUGUAAACAAGAUGGUGAAGAAUGCAGUGGAAGUGCUGCAAAAGGCAAAGCGAAAAGCAUAAAGAAAAUUAUAAUUAAAUUACAAAUGAGAUU